AUGUAGCAAGGAUUGAAUCUACGAGAGUAAAAGAAUAUAAAAAAUUAGCUCCAAAAACAUAGAGAAGAAUUAGAACUGUUAGAGCUGCAAAUUUAGUAAGAAUAAAGAAAUGGAUUAAACAAAUUUUAGAAUAGUAGCAAUAUAAAUAUUUCUAGCAACAAUAACAAUUUCAACAGCAACAACAACAACAAUAAUGGUAAUAAAAACAAUGACAAGAAUAGCAUCCUAGAAGAGAGGAAAGCGAAAUCUUCUUUAAGUAGAUAGCAACCUUAAAUUAUUAAUGAAUAAAAUAAUAAAAUUUAUAAGGGUUAAAACAUGUAUAUAGAGAGUUAAAGAAAUUCAAAUAAUUCACCUGUUAAAAAUUAAUAAAGCAAUAAUUCAAAUUCACCUACUAUUCCUCUAAAUAAUAUAAGGCCACUGGGCAUUAGAUUAUCCCAAGCAGGUUAAGAUGUACUACUUCCUAAUAAAAAUAAAGUUUCAAUGACUAUGGAUGAAGCGCAGAUUAUUCAAACAAAUUAACUUAGUAAUUUGAAGGAGCAGAAAUAUAAUAGCAAAAUUAAUAGUUAUAAAGUUAGCGGAUCUGAAUCUCAAUCUCCUCCUUACUAACGCUCUGGUCUUAGCAGUAAUAAUUAUAAAGUAUAAUCCUAAAUAGGUAGCUCUAAUUAUUAAAUUCAGUAAAAAAAUGAGAGUUAUCCUCAAAUUUAUAUCAAUUAGUAAAAUCAAGUAUAAAGCCAUGCAAAAUAUAAUACAGACCAGUACUCGAGAAGAAUCAAAAAUGUUAACUAAUACCCCUCCUAACUUGAGAAUAGGGAGAACGGUAUUUAUAAUUUAGCCAAUCAGCCAUAAACCCACUCUCAAAUAAAUCUACAAAGCAAAUAACAAAAGGGUCAUUCGAGUCCUGAAAUUAAUUAGCUUCCACACAAUCUUAAAAAUUUAUCUAUAGUUAAAUUACCAAAUGAAGAUGAAGUUCAUUUUGAUGAACUAAAUCUUUAAACUGAAGGCUACUUAAUUGAGAAAUAUUGCGAAUUUUUAAAUAAUGAUAAUGACUUAUUUUAUUUAGAAGGCAAUUUUAGUAGACUGUAUUCAAGUAGUAUACAAAGCUAUCUUGAUUCUGAAUAGAAGGAGAGCAAUGCGUUUAAAGGAGCUCUAGCAGUUUGUUUUGAUGCUUAAAACCCAUAAACAGACUUUAAAUAUAUUCACCCUAAUUUUAAAGUUUCUUUAAAAAAAAUAGCAAACAAUCCAAUGAUUUAUGCUGGCUUAGCUUCCCAGGGAGCAUCUUCAGUGUCAAAUAAUAAUUAAGAUUAAAUCAAUUAGAGUAGAAUUUUAUCAAAUUCUAAGCUAAACAGCCCUCACUCAUAGCAAAGUUCAAAUUAAGGUUUUGAGAGCAAUUUUAAUAACUUCAUGAAUAAAAAGUAAAAUAGCCAAGAUUAAGACUCACUGUCGCAAAAUCAAAAUUACCUUUAAGGCAGUCGCGAAGGUGCUAAAGGUACAAGUAGCUAAGGAAUAAAUAAAAGCAAUAACAUAAAUCGAUCUUAUACAAACUCUACAAACACAAAUUUAAGCUUUUUCAACAAAAAAUAAAACUUUUAAAUUCCUUAAAUAAGUGUCAGUGACCUGAUGAGCGAACUCCAAAGAGUAUAAUAAGAAUACAGGACACACAAAGUUUUACUAUAUAAAAUUUUCAUAAUAACAAAAUUUAAAGUCAGAAUAGAUCUUGGAUUUCUAUAAAUAUCAUUUAACAUGAAUGCUCCUAAUUCUCAAAAGACUUAUUCGUAAUGCAUAAUACACAGACUAUUUAUCUCUAGGAUUUAUAGAAAGUUAAAUUAUGCACAAUUCAUUUAUUUACAAGUUUAUAAUUUCUUAUUUGCCACUUAUCCUAACCUUGAAAAAGUAUCAAUUACUCUAUCAAACCUCUCCCAGCAAUAUCUCAGAUUUAAGCAAUCAAUAGGUUUCAGAUUAGAAAAUAUAAAAUCAUCAAAUGAAUAAAGCUAAGUUUCUUAAUAAAUUCGUUUAGUAUUAAAGAAAUCUGAUUUUGCAUAAAUUUUUAACCAUAUUCAUUCUAAUAAAAAAUUUGUUGAUAAACCUGGUCUUGAUAAUCAAGCACUUAACCUAUAGUAAAACAAAUUAACAUCAAAUAAACUCGGCAUACCUUCUUUUUGA